AUGGUGGACUAUAGCAAAUGGGACGCCUUGGAGCUUAGCGACGACUCCGAUAUCGAGGUCCACCCAAAUGUCGAUAAACGGUCAUUCAUUCGAGCAAAGCAGAACCAGAUACACAUGGAGCGGGAGCAACGGAAGCGGGAGGUUCAGGCACUCAAGCAUGAGCGUAUCAUCAAUGAUGCCCUGUUGCAACGUCUCCGCUUCCUGACAUCCACCCUGCAAUCGCAGCAUGCCGACUCUGUCGACAGCAACUUGAACCCAGCUGACAUUGCAUUCCAGGCUGUGAUGGAAUUGGCGUCCACUAAUCCCACGGAAGAUAGUCCCCCGCCACGACCAGAAGGCGUGUUUGACAGCGACUUGCUGCCUCUUCCGACUUACUCAAAGUUGCUUGCGACCAUUCUAGAUGAAGUGAACAAAACCAUACAGGAGCGGCAAACGGAGAACGACCGAGGCUACGAAGCGUUUGUUCAGGAGCUUGGCGUGCAUAUUCAAAAGGUUCAAGACCUCCAGGCAGAACUGGCCAGGAGGCUUGAGACGCUUGAACAACAGGAUUCCAAGAAGAUCACUAGCGAAAGCUACCACGUUGGGUUUGACAGUUCGCACGUCAAUAAGACCAAACCAGGAGGGGCAUCCAAAGAGGAGACCACAGUGGAGCUGCUAAACCCGAAUCAUGACCUGGGCGUAGCAAAGCUUGAGAAGUCUAUCCCGGCCUCCGACUACCGCGCUAGUCAUGGUUAUCUGCAGUCGCACCCAGAAAUUAUCCAGAAGGAGUCGAAUAUUGAUGGGCUGUUUAUCGAAGCCUAUUAUGCAAUGCUGGAUCAAAAUGACGAGAAGCGGGCCUGGCAGUAUACGCACCAAGCUCUACUGUUACAGUACUGUCAUACACUCGGACGCGAAGGUGUUGCGCUCUUCUUCAAAGGUAUGACAACGCCGGGCCACCGGGCUCGGGAGGAGUUUCAAAAGGACCUCGCUGAGAGGUUCCAUAAAAUCCGGUCUAUGGCAAAGCGGGACUCCAAGCAAAAGGAAGACAGUUCGAUUCGGAUCAGGGUUCCACCGGCCGGAAGCCAGGACGAGAAGGAGAAAAGGGGAAGGGAGAUCUUUGAGCAAUUCUCCCCCAAGAUAAGAGCAGCGUUGGAGAGUGGCUCCUUGGAGGAGGUCAAUAAAGCUUUGGCCGAAAUGGCGGUUCCGGAAGCCGAGAAAAUGGUCAGUCUUCUUGAUGAGGCUGGCUGUCUGGAUAUUGAAGAGGGAAUCAUCGACGCUACGACGGAAGACGGAAAGUGGCAUUUAGAAGAGGCGAAGGAGACUACUGCUGAGUAA